AAGUUGAAAACUCAAGGUACCAAAUUGACAUCACUGGACAACAAAUAUGCUUCAGAAGUUUCCAAACUUCGCUCGGAAAUCCAGAAUGUUGACAAGAAAACCAACACGCUCACAAACAACGUUAAUCAACUCGGAACAAAAGUUCAAAAAGUUGCAGGUAUGUAGCCUAUUUAUGACCCAGGCGCUUAUAAGGCAAUAAGCACUUCAAAUAAGCAAGCACUUCAGUGUACGAGGUACCAGGCUAAUAUAGUCACAGAAAUAAUUCAUCAUUAAACUGAACAUCAAUAAAACACCAUUUCUAUUAACUAUGGUUAGAGCUAAUAGUCUCUUUCGCUAUAUAGAUCAGUGGCCUUCUGGAAGUUAUUGUAUCUUGGCCAGCGGUAGUUGCCCAGCAGGCUUUUCGCGCCGUAGCGGUUACAUGAAGGCUAUCAGUCUGUAUGCGGGCGAUGGACGCUACAUAAACCAGGGGACAUUUGGGGAUAGUAAGAUACAAUGUCACGGUGGAUGUGGGCAGUAUGGUCAUUGGACUGGUGAACUGUAUAUCAAUGCUUGCUGCAAAUAG